AUGAGCUUUGAAGUGUACUCCACGAAUUGUUUGGACUACUGGGUAAUGAUUGGUGAUACUCCAGCCGAGAUCGAAGAAGCAUACGCUCGUGUAACUCGAACCGUUUCCCUGAUGCUAGAAUACGGUCUCGGAUUCUGGCAAUGUAAACUGAGAGAUCACAUCCAAGAGGAGCUAUUGAAUGUUGCAAGAGAAGUUUUUCACUGGCUGAAACAAGGCGAUUGGAGAUUUGACGCCAAUUUCUGGCCCGAUCCAGCUGCUAUGAUCAAGGAACUUCAAGAGAUGAAGAUCGAGUUGACGGUCUCCAUCUGGCACACUGUAGACACACGGUCGGAAAGCUUCGCUGAAAUGCUUGAGCAAGGUCUUCUGAUUCGCACCGAUCGAGGCAUUCGUAUAGGUAUGGACUUCGAGGGCAAUGCCAUACAUUACGAUGCCACGAAUCCUACAGCACGCAAGUAUCUUUGGGAGAAAGCCAAAGUAAAUUACCACUCCAAAGGUAUCAAAGUCUUCGGGUUGGAUGAAGCAGAGCUAGAAUAUACUGCUUAUGACUACGACAGUUACCGCUACCACCUUAGCUCGAAUUUGGCAAUUAGAAACAUCUACCCUCGCGAGUAUGCAAGGGCGUUCUACAAAGGAAUGGAAGCGUCUGGGCAGGAAAACAUUUGAACGUCCUCCGUUGUGCUUGGGCAGGCAGCCAGAAGUAUGGAGCUGUUGUUUGGAGCGAAGAUACUGCUUCCUCGUGGUCGAGUUUUCGAGGUUAGCUUGCUGUUGGCUUGAACAUGGGUAUUGCUGGAUUUUCUUGGUGUACCACGGAUAUUCGAGGUUUCCAUGGAGGAGAUCCCAGAGACCCAGCGUUCAGAGAGUUGUUCGUGAGGUAGUUCUAGUGGGGAGCGUUUUGGCCUGUCAUGAGAUUACAUGGAGACAGAGAGCCGCUCAUGAAAAGAAACGUCGGUAAUACGCACUAUGUUUUACAAUUCCCGUGAAGAUGAUAUUUGGUGGAGCGUAGGAGACUAG